AUGUUCGACAGCUCGCAGUACCCGUACAACUGCUUCGACGACGACGCCCCCGACCGCCCCGCCGGCUGCGCGGACGACAGGCGGCUCGCGCGGCCCGCGUACAGCUACAUCGCGCUCAUCGCCAUGGCCAUCCAGCACAGCCCCGCGGGCAGGGUGACGCUGGCCGGCAUCUACGACUUCAUCACGCGCGAGUUCCCCUACUACCGCGCGCACCAGCGCGCCUGGCAGAACUCCGUCCGCCACAACCUGUCGCUCAACAGCUGCUUCGUCAAGGUGCCGCGCGCCGACGGCCACGCCAAGGGCAAGGGCAGCUACUGGACGUUCGCCGACGGCGCGAGUUCGCUGCUGGACCUGUUCGAGAACGGCGACUACCGGCGGCGGCGCCGGCGGCGCGGACCCAAGCGCGCUGGAGGCGCCGAGGGACCCCCGGGCCGGCCAGAGGAAGGCCACGUUGGCGGCACGGGGGUCCCCAGUCCCGAACCGCCCGCCGGCUCCAACGCGCCGGGGCAGCGGGGGCCCAAGGACAUCAAGUUCAGCAUCGAGUCCAUCUUGUCCUCCCCCGGCCCCAGGCCCGAGGCGCGGCCCCUGAACCUCCACUUCUGGGCAGCGUGA